CCGGAGGUCUUUGCGUGACCGCGCAGCAAAGGGGAAAAAGAAAGGAAAGGAAAGGAGAGGAAAACUAACCGAGAAAAGCGUGGGAGGAGAAGAGAGGGGAGCAUGGCGGAGCACAAGGAGGAGGAGCCGGUGGCGGAGUCCAUGAUGGACAAGAUCUCCGACAAGUUCCACGGCGGCGGGGGCUCCUCGUCGUCGUCGUCGUCGGACUCGGACGACGACAAGAAGGGGUCGGCGGCGGGCGUCAAGGCCAAGAUCUACCGCCUCUUCGGCCGCGAGCAGCCCGUCCACGCCGUCCUCGGCGGCGGCAAGCCUGCUGAUCUUGUUCUAUGGAGGAACAAGAAGAUCUCCGGAGGGGUGCUCGCUGGCGCUACGGCCAUCUGGCUGCUGUUCGAGGUCAUGGAGUACCAUCUGCUCACCUUAGUGGGCCACUGCCUCAUCCUCUCCCUGGCCACCCUGUUCCUCUGGUCCAAUGUCUGCAUUUUCAUUCACAAGUCUCCCCCGAACAUUCCUGAGGUGAAAAUUCCGGAGGACUUGACUGUAAACAUUGCCCUAUCACUGCGGCAUGAGAUCAACCGGGGCCUGUUUACCUUGAGAGAGAUUGGUCAUGGUCGUGAUCUGAAGAAAUUCCUCAUUGUGAUUGGAGGGCUCUGGGUUCUUUCUGUUCUUGGGAGCUGCUGCAACUUUUUGACAUUGUCAUAUAUAGUCUUUGUGGUGCUGUACACUGUCCCAGUUCUGUAUGAGAAGUAUGAUGACAAGGUUGAUGCUUUUGGUGAGAAGGCCAUGAUCGAGUUGAAGAAGUAUUAUGCCAUCUUUGAAGAGAAGGUCCUGUCGAAGAUCCCGAAGGGUGCUUUGAAAAACAAGAAGCACUAGAUCACAUGAGUUACCCAGCCGCCAUCCGUGUUAAUCUCAACUUGUCCCUCAUUUUGAAGGAUGGUUCUAUGUCAUUGCGCCUGUCUUCUAGUUAAUACUACUUGAUACUAGUACAUAUAGAUGUGGUUUGCGGAUCUUUUUGUGAAGUGGAGUCAUGCCAGUUGAAAAGUGUUGAUCUUCGUUAUUGCUUAUUUUUCAACGUUCAGCAUGGUUACUCUAUCCGGGAGCCAGAAAUGUUAUGGCAUUAUCAUUGUUCUAGUGCCUAGUGAACUUUGUGAUAUACUCCUACUGCUUUAGUGAUUUAUCCAGUCCUGUGCUUGGUGA